AUAUCCCUGAGGAACUUAGUUUGGACACUUGGUUCCAACCGUUCCAGGUACAUAUUUUACUUUAUCAUUGCAUUAGUGUUUCUGAAGAACGAGCUUUUGAAAAGAAAAGUGCAGGUAGAAUAUAGCUAAUUACAAACGUCUGAUUAUACUAACGUUUGACACAGCUUUCCUCAAUACUUUUUCAAUGAAUGAAAAUAACAUCAAAUCUGUGGAUCACGAACGAUUGGAAUGAGAAGGGGUGGGCAUCUCAGAAACUGCUCGCGGAUUUUCUAUCGAUCUAAACCAGAAGCUUAGAUCAUUUUCCCGGAAACAUCUUGCACCGCCCACACAGGGAAAGGGGAGCGCCACUGUACUUUACUGUGACAGCGUAUACUGCGCGGGUGAGUUCCUAUUAAAAAUUGAAUAUGGCACCAAAGAGAAGGGCAGCUCAAGCCACUAAGACUGCAGGUAAGAAAAUCAAGAAGGAGGAGCCGGAGGCUCCAGAAGAUGCAUUCCGGUCUGUCAAAGAGGCUUUGAAGGCAGCUGUCCCUCAGGAGAAGGGCAAGAGGAAGGCGGACGUGCACUGUGGCAUUGAGGCAGAGGUAUUUGAAGAUUAUGAUUGUAUGCUGAACCAGACCAACAUUGGACACAACAACAACAAGUUCUAUAUCAUCCAGAUUUUAGAAAGUGGAAAUAAGUUCUAUUGCUGGACAAGAUGGGGCCGAGUGGGGGAGGUGGGUCAGAAUAAAAUGUCCUCUCCCUACCCCAGUUCUGAUAAAGCAGUGAGUGACUUUGAGAAGAAGUUCAAAGACAAGACUAAGAACAACUGGAGUGACAGGGCCAACUUUGUCUCUCAUUCUGGCAAGUACACCCUGAUUGAGGUUGAUGGAGAUGAGGACGCGGAGGUCAAGGUGGACAAGGUUGAUGGGAAGGUGGAGGUGGAGAAGAAGGUUCUCCCCUGUACACUGGACAAUUCAACGAAGAGGUUAAUACAGCUCAUCUUCAGCACUGACAUGUUCAAAGAGGCCAUGGAGGAGAUGCAUCUGGAUGUUAAGAAGAUGCCCUUGGGAAAGUUGAGCAAACUGCAGAUUGCCAAGGGCUUCGAGGUUCUGGAGGAGAUUGAGGAGGCCAUGAAGGCGAAGAGCAACAGGGGGCGCCUGGAGGAGCUCUCCUCCAAGUUCUUCACUACCAUCCCCCACAACUUUGGCCGGACCCGACCCCCGGUCAUCAACGACGCCAGCGUCGUGGAGAAGAAGAAAGAGAUGCUGAUGGUUUUGGCUGAUAUUGAAAUUGCCCAGAGCCUCAAAGCUGAGAGCGAGAAGGCUAAGGAGGAGAUGGUGGAGGAAGUUCCUAACCCGCUGGAUCAGGAUUAUCAGUCCCUGAAAUGUGAACUCAGUUUACUUGGGAAAGGCUCUGAAGAAUUCAAGGUAAUAAGUCAGUACCUGAAGGCAACAGCAUAUAAAGGUGGGCCCACCAUUAUCGAUGUAUGGAAAGUAAACCGCGACAAAGAGGCAGAACGGUUUGCUGAGCAUGAUCAGCUGGGGAACCGCCGCUUGCUGUGGCAUGGCACCAACGUGGCAGUGGUGGCCGCCAUUCUGAAGAGCGGGCUGAGGAUCAUGCCCCAUUCUGGCGGCCGUGUGGGCAGGGGCGUCUACUUCGCCUCCGAGAACUGCAAGUCCGCGGGCUACGUGAGUACAUCAAAACACACUGGAGUGAUGUUUCUCAAUGAAGUCGCCCUCGGGAAGGAGCACACCAUCGUCAGAGAUGACUGCUCCCUCGUGACACCACCAGAGGGCUACGACAGUGUGGUCGCUCGUGGGCGAAAGGAACCAGACCCCUCCAAGGACAUCACCAUUACUGUGGAUGGUAAGGAAGUGACUGUUCCCCAGGGGCCCGCUAUCGAGCAGCCGCAGUAUAAGGAGAGCUACUUCGAAAACAGCGAAUACCUCGUCUACAAAGAAAGCCAGUGCCGGAUCCGGUACCUCCUAGAGAUGAAGUUUUAACCGUCGCAGAUCAUGAAGAGCGAAGAAAUGACAUGCCUGUCCCCCCUUUACUUUUCUGUUCAUAUUAGAAGAGCUGUUUUGCCUGUUUUAGUGUAAAAUUAGUUCUGACAGCUGACUUCACACUAGUCCCGGAUGGCUCUUGUCAAAGAGUUGUCCUCACCCUCUCACAACCCCCCCCCCCCCCCCUCCCUUAGGCCUUUUCCACCUCUGCACUUUACCACCUGUAGCUGCACUUUAUCAUCUGUGGGGUUUCUCUUGCACUCUGGUGGAACUUGGUUGUUCCUGAAGUGUUUUCUCUACGCCUUCGUACUCCACUUUACUUCAUACGGCAUUUUACUUCCGCCAAAUACUUAGAAAACUUUAGCUUAGUUUCUAUAGCACCUGUGCGGCAUUUAACUGCGCCCUUCACUUUGGGUGUUCUUACUUGUAAUGGGAGGGUGAGACUUUAGAACCUCAAUAUGGGGAGAGACACUAUUAUCAGCUAUCCCGUGGUUUAAACUUGAGCAUAGAAUUUAGAUGUGGAAUGAAGUCCUGUGAUUGGUUAAUGAAGUCGGUGACUGGUGGCUUCUCUCAGUAGGGCGGUCAUGAGGAUUCACUCUCCUGUUGUCUGUUCAUAGGUACUGUCUAUUUUCCACUUGUACAUUUCUCACUGAAUAGCCUUUCCCAUUGUGUAGUCCAGUCUUUUUCAGCCCUGCUAAACAUGCAACCACAGCAUGUGCUCUUGCUGUUCUUUCAAUUGUAACCGCUGUUCAGCUGUUUCUCGUUUUACACCCUUCCUUAAAAUCACCCACACUCCACCUUGUAAAGCUCCACACAAAAAUGGCCUAUGGUAUACCAGUCACAGAAUGUGUUUAGAAUAUUACUGAUCAAGCAUGAGUAUCUUUACCUGGAUAUCAUGUUCUUCCAAAUUCCUGUCUGUAAUAAUGGAUGAAACAAUAAUGUGACUAGGUGAUUACAUUACACAUACAAUUUAUUUCUAACUAAUUUAGGCUGUUGCUUAUAACAAGGUGACUCUGUUCAGAUAUAUCUGUUUAGGCACUACAUUUUGCUAUGGUAUCUAUUAUUGUAUGAGACAAGAUUGUCAGACGUAAUGUUUUUUGCACUAGUGCUACCUGCUUUUAUAGCCACUGUAAUACUCAGUGUACGAAAUGAGGAGCUGCUGUCUAGUGUUUUGAUAACAGGGUGGAUACUAUUGCAGCGGUUUGCAUUUAUUGAAGGCAUUUGUAUUGCACUUGUAUGGGGAGAAAAUGUGUGCAUGUUUGCAAGGAUCUUUCUUGGUUUGAAGUUUCUGUAAUGUUCUGUAAGGGAAGCCUGAGGGUCUGCGGUACAUGUGCAUCCCCUGACAUUCGACUUAGCAGUUCAGUGUGAAUUCUGUACAGUAGAAAAAAUGUAUAUCUGUGUGCUCAGUAAAGACUUAUUUCUGUGGAUGUUUACUGUGGCCUUUUUGCAAAGGGUAGUGUUACUGUAACUCUACCAGGAGAUGUCAGUACAGAGCCUAUGCUUUCUGUUUCAAGCCUUGCGCUUGUGUUCCUGAUGCAGAUUCAAUGAAUAAAAAAGAACUUCCACAGCA